AUGGCUUCCACAAAGAGAUAUUUUGGCGUUGCGCCUACCAACCCCCUCGAGGUUGACAUGACAUCUGCCCAAACCCUGUCCGCAUCGUGGUUCAAUUCCCAAGAGAUAUAUGAGCUUGAGCGCCGGGCCAUCUUCUCAAAGAAGUGGCUCAUGACCACUCAUGCCCUCAGAAUACCAAACUCUGGAGACUGGGUGCGUUAUGAUGUCGCCGGCUAUGAUCUGGUGAUUUGCAAGGACAACAAAAAGAAUAUCAAUGCCUUCCACAACGUCUGCCGUCACCGUGCCUUCCCCAUUGUUACCUCAGACCAGGGCCACAGCCUGAUCUUCUCCUGCAAGUACCAUGGCUGGUCAUAUGGUUUGAAUGGAAAGCUGGCCAAGGCUCCUGGCUACCAGGACCUACCCGACUUUGACAAGUCCAAGAACAACCUCUUUCCCAUCCACACACACGUUGACAAGAACGGCUUCAUCUGGAUCAACCUUGAUGCCGAUGAGAAGCCUGAGAUUGCAUGGUCUGACGACUUUGCCGGUGUCGAUGAGCAAGUCAGCUUCAGUGGCUCUGACUGGAGUGAAUUCGCCUUCGACCACUCCUGGGACAUUGAUGGAGAAUACAACUGGAAAGUUCUAGCAGACAGCUACAAUUCAUCCGCUGCCACAGGUGGUGAUUCUACCACCGACCAGGCGGCCCUCAGCCUGAAGGCCACAAAUACGCACUUCUUCCCUAACGCAUCAGUCAACGCAACGCCCCAAUUCUUCUUCACACAGAGAGUUGUACCAAGCGCAGCCACCAAGUCAAAGAUCAUCGUAGAAAUCUUCCGCAAGCAAAACUCUUCCGACGAAGAGUUUGAGGCCAUCAAUGCCGCCUACAAGCGCAUUCUCGCCCAGGACAAGGACACCUGCGCCGAGUCCCAGAAGCAGCUCAACUCGGGCGUCUUCGCCCACGGCGAGCUGCACCACACCCUAGACGACGGCCUGUUCAAAUUCCAGGAGAAGAUCCGCGAGCUUGCCAACGACCACCGGUCGCGGGAGCAGGCUGCCGGUGUGGAGAUCUGGCCGGCGAGGCAGAAGCUUCCCGGAGAGGCCAAGACGACCGAGAAUGAUGAGGUUUUCUGCACUGCUGUGAACUGCUGCAAGCUGAACAAGGAGGGAAGCAAGGCCCCCAUUGCUGUAUAG